AUGGCUAGGGCUUUCCUCCUCCUGAGUACCGUCAUGUUUGCCUUAUCCACAACACACGUCGGCCUCGGUGUGCGCGAGCUCCUAGAUGGUUUUGUAUAUCAAAGCCAAUCGACCCCCGGAGGGCCGCCCGCCUUCUUCCGCGAAAACGUGUUCCCUAAACGAAAAUCGAUCUAUAUAUUCAAUACGCUCUUGGGUGAUGCUCUUUUGGUAUGGCGAGUGUACACUAUUUAUGGCCAGAACUGGCUUGUCGCGUUUCCUUCCGCUAUCACACUCCUCGGAACAACCAUAACGGGUCUAAAAACCGUUGCAGCAGACGUAAUGUCGGAGCACUCCUCUGUUUUUGACCCGUCUAUCCUGAACUGGGUAACAGCCACAUUUGCACUCACCAUAUCCACACAAGUAAUAUCCACAGCACUGAUUGCUGGGAGGAUAUACACCGCCUCCAGACCAUAUACAUUCACACAUAGCCUCCCAGCCCAUCCGCCCCAGAGGGCUUCAUCUGAGCGAACGGCUGCUGCAAAGACACUGGCAGUGGGUAACAGUCGCUCUCCUGUCCCCCCUGGUGAUGGGUUGCCAUUCAGUUACACUGCUGCAGGAGAACAGGACAACCAACGCGCCAAGUAUCUUUCUUUGGUGUUUAUAGUCGCAGAGUCGGGCGCGGUGUACACCAGUGCGGCCCUGAUCCAGUUGAUCACUUAUCUGCUUAACAUGAAUGCGGGGGUGAUACUAGAACUUAUGCUUGCUCAGCUCAGCGCGGUGGUGCCUAUGGUCAUCGUCGUUCGCGUGGGUCUGGGCCUCGCGUAUGAAGGGCCGUACAACGGGAAUGGUAUGCAUCGAGGGCGCAGCGGCUACGCCAAGCGCUGGUCGGAUAAAGAGGAUGUUCACCACCUCUCGACGUUUCAUGCUGCAGAGGGCAACGCAUCGCAGACCAGGAAUGAUGACGACGUUGGAGAGAUGGCAACUGAGAAAAGUGGUGACUAUACUAGUAUUGGGAGUAAGACUCAGGUAGGGACAGUUAAGGGAGAGAAUAGUGAAGCUUGA